GUUGAAGGUGAUCUUAUUGAUGUAGUGGUUAAAAGUUGUAGCAUGCUGUCAUGAUGCAGGACAUCGAACUUUUUCAGCACACUCAGAGAUCAUAAAUGAGAUGAGUGAGAAGUAGAGAUUCGUUUUCUGGUUGAACAGAAAUCUAGGAAAAAACUCCAGCCACUGAUUAGACUUGGUUUUUUCUGGUGCGCCCUCUUCCACUCGCUCCUCAACUUGAUUUUUGAUUUCCUGUUGGCAACGUCCUCAUUGACUCUUCGUCUAAAAGUAAGCUAGAACAUCAAAAUGGCAGCUUCUUCGUCGUCCACCAUGCCUAGUUGUACUGCGACAACAGCAAAGGUGCACCCUCUCGUUCUGCUAAACGUGUCAGACCAUAUGACAAGGAAAUCCGAGACUGAGGUCGUCGGUGUGUUACUGGGCGCCUAUGCGGCAGAUGACAGCCGCGUCGUCGAAGUGCUCAACUCUUUUGAGGUGAAGACAGAGGAUGCAGAGCCUGGUACAACUGGAAGUAGGAUGAAACACGACCCCGAAUCGUCUCCGCUACAGCGAUUAGAUCAUGCCUAUUUGCAGCAAAGAUUGCGGCAGUACGCUGAGGUCUUUCCGCGUAUGGAAAUGAUGGGAUAUUACAUCGGACUCGGGAACGAUGUUGCCACAGCACAAUCUGAUACUUCAUCUGCUGAUAUGACCUCCAGCAUACUUUCUUACGCGCCAAGAGGAGUUGCGUCGUCUGAUUCUGGACAGUACUUGCUGGUAAUGGGAGGUAGUGGGAGUGGCAAACGCAGGAAAGCAAAUUCAUCAUCCUCUUCAUCAUCUGGAAGGACAUCAACAGGACUGUCACAGAAAAUGGACGGUCUCGGCCUGGCUGCGAUGUCUACUCUAGAGCAACCAGGGCAACCACAAGGUUCUUCACCAUCUGCAUCCUCAAGUACACUCAGUGACAAUAAUAUUAGGGAGCAAGAGAAGAUGCCAAUCAGGGUGUUCGAAAAAAGCACUGUAGACACGUGGACCCCCGUGUCGCAUACGCUAGAAUCCACAGAAAUCGAACGGGUAGCAGUCCAACACGUCUCUGCAGCGAGUACGAAUGCGUCGCAAUUUGCUGAUGUACUAUUUGUUUGAUUAUUUCCUGUUGCGUGCACUAAGAGGAGGAAUUUGUUUCUCAUGAAUCUACCUAUUCGGGCUUGCAACACCUUCAAACCUCCUAAUUCAUUCGUUAACCCUACAAUUCCACAGCAUGGCGGUACGGUUCUUCGUUCCAUAGGGGUGUUGCGGAGUCGGCUCGAUAUUUUGAUCGACUAUCUUGGGUCACCAGGCCCAAAGGACGCUGCUGUGCUACGUGGGAUAUCCCUCAUCUGUUCGCAACUGCAGAGACAGAAAGGAGAUGGACAUGGAGGGCCUAUUACUGCUCUUCUCGGAGAUGAUGGGAUGGAGACUCAUCAAAAUGGACCAUUGGCAAACGGCGACUACCAGACUGCCGAAAACCCGCAUACUUCGACGUUAGCCCUAGGUCCUGAUAUAGUGAAUGCAGAGAUGCUAUGUUACUUGGGAGAGCUCACAACGUUGCUUACAACCAUGCAGCAAGUCGCGAGUCCAUUACCUUGAAGAUUUGCUUUGAGGAUUGGACCCAGAUUGCGCUGAACUCUUUUUUUGAAAGAGUAUGAUAUGUCCCUAUCAUAUUUUGGUGUAAGAAAAAGAUUGCGGCGGGUUUGCGUCUCCCAAUAUUGGUAUGCUGUCUUUCGUUGAAG